CGCCCUCUAUUGUGUGACACAUACAUUAUUACGUAUUACGAGUGUGUUCUAUGUACGUAAACAAAUUUUUAGGUUAUUAUAGUGACAUGUGAAGUGGCCCCAUGUUAAAUAUCCCCGAAGACAAGUUGCCUCAAGAGUUCAAAGAUGAAGCUCGGCUCGAUUCUUUGUUUUCACCCGUCCGCAGUCGCACAGUUAAUCCUCGCGACUGGGACACAAAAAUUGCAUCAUGGAGACACCUAAUUUCGCUAUAUUGCAUAAAUAAUGGGGUUUACAGUUUUACUCUAACUCUCUUAGGCCAAAAAUUUUUGCGAAAUGGCCGCCCCCCAAGUUGCCUGGGGGUCGUUCUUGAGGAGUUGGUCAAAACUGGCGAUUUACAAUACUUGGAAGAUUUUGUGAAGGAGUCAUACGGUUGGGGUAGCUGGGCUGCCGAUUUGCUAGUCAAAAAACCAUUAUCGUGGUCAUUUAAUACAGUUAAGCGUACUUUAUUCACAACUCAAGUCAAUUCAAAUCGGACUUACGUUCACGUUGAAGUUAUUCGCCAAGAGGCACAGAAAAUUGUUUCCACCUCUGGAAAGUACAGAAAUAAAGUUAUUAACUUCGCCGAGUUUUUAAAACUCGCCAAUAAGGACAUGAGCCAAGUUGAAGAUGUGAAACUUUUAAUACACUAUUUAGUGCGUGAGAAAAAGGCGGACGUUUCAAACUUGAAAACAACAAAUAGUUCUGAUUUAGACUCCUUUUUGAUCAAAUUAGGAGAUCCAAAUAAACUAUACCCGAUUUCUGAAUUUGAUAUUGCACUUUAUGUUUUGGAACAAAACGAAAAAUUGUUCACUAAACACGUUGAGGACUUGGAGGAUGAAAUUUCAGCUUGUAUUAAAGAAGUUAAAGCUCAUUUAUUGAAAGGUCACCGACAGUUAGCUAAAACUUGCCUUAAGAAAAAACACGAGAUUGAAAAACGUCUCACACAUAAAGCAAAUGCUUUACAUAAUAUACAAGUCUUGAUUGAGAAACUCAAAGACGUCCAUACUGAUUCAAACGUGUGGCAGUCCUACAAACAUGCCCUUUCUGCCUUUAAUACAACUCUGAAAGAAACCGGUUUGAAUGAAGAUGCUGUCGAAGAUACCAUGCUUAAAUUAGGAGAGAUGUUGGAUAUACAAGAGGAGAUUCAAGCGGCUAUUUCCCGACCUGUCUCGAAUGAAAACGAUGACUUGGAGGAGGAGUUAGCUGAAUUGAUGAAAAGUGAAGAGGAAUCGAAAAGCAGUACAAGUGCCGACUUGGAGGAGCAAUUAUCCAAGUUGGACAUCAACGACUUACCAGAAAUACCCAGCACCGAUAUGUCGUUAAAAGAAGCCUCAGUACAUUAAUUGAUUUGUAAUUGUUUUAUUUAAUUUAAAUAAAGUUUAUAAAACCACGUUAUAGAAACAGCAA